AUGGAGAAACGCAAUCAAUCUGCUGUGAUGGGAUUCAUCCUCUUGGGAUUCCCGGGGAACCAGUAUUUGCAGAUCUCCCUCUUUGUACUCUUCCUCUUUAUGUACAUCCUGACAGUCCUGGGAAAUGUGACCAUCAUAACCCUAGUGGCGAACCACCGAUGCCUCCACACACCAAUGUACUGCUUCCUCUGCAAUCUCUCCUUCCUGGAGAUCUGGUACACCACAGCCUGUGUUCCUAAAGCCCUUGCAAUCUUCCUGGGGAAAAGCAAAACCAUCUCCUUCAUUGGCUGCCUCCUACAGAUGUACUUCAUAUUCUCCUUGGGCUGCACAGAAUAUUUCCUCCUGUCCAUCAUGGCCUAUGAUCGCUAUCUGGCCAUAUGUUACCCAUUGCAUUAUAGCACCAUUAUGAACAGUACCUUGUCAGCUCAGCUGGCUCUUGGCUCUUGGGUGUGUGGUUUCCUGGUUAUCUCUGUGCUGGCAUCUCUAAUAUCCAGGUUGUCUUUCUGUGGCCCUAAUGUCAUCAAUAACUUCUUUUGUGAGAUAGAUUCCUGGAUUGUCCUCUCUUGCACGGACACAUCCAUCAUUCAGGUAUCAGCUUUCAUCAUCUCAGUCGUUGUCAUCCUGGGUUCGUGUGUGAUAACCCUCCUUUCAUACAUCUAUAUCAUCUCCACUAUACUGAGAAUCCCGUCAGCCAAAGGCCGGCAAAGGGCAUUUUCCACUUGCUCGUCCCAUCUUGUUGUCGUGCUUCUAUGGUACGGAUCCACCAUUUUUCUCUUUGUCAAGCCAUCUGCACAGAAUUCAUUGGAACUGACCAAGAUAGUCAACAUCCUAAACACUGUGGUUACGCCACUGCUAAACCCUUUCAUCUAUGCUCUGAGAAACAGAGAGGUGAAGGAAGCCAUGCAAAAUACGCUCUUUGGGACAUGA